AUGAGUCAAGAAGCAACCGUGUCGGAUUCAAACGUUCAGAACCGUUACAAAUCCGUCAUGAACAUUUUUCGUCGUGCUUUCAACUUUCGUAAAAAGGGGACAAAACAAGAUGUCGAAGAGAACACUCCACUUGAAAUUGAAAUGCAACCGAUUGCAAAACCUCCAACGCCACCAAAACCUCGCGCUAAAUCUUCUCCAAGCACUAGCAACGUACCAUCUACUUCUGCGGCUAGCACACAACCACGUCGUCGAGGUCUCUACGAAGAUCCAUUUGUAGCUGUUUUAACAGAUGGAACGAUCUAUGUUAAGAACUAUUAUAACUUUAAUGAAUUGGCUGAGUAUCAAAUGUCGGAGUUCCGUUAUGCAUAUGUGAAAAGAAACAGUUGUGUCAUAGAAGCAAAGGAUAUUGACAGAGUCUAUUAUACUCCAGGAGCAACUUACAAAGAUUCGACCGUAUGCAAAAACUGGGGUAUCUGCAUGAAUGAUGUCUGGUGGGCCAGUCAUAUUGAUAGAUUGGAAGACAGUAAUCCACAUACUACCGUAGUUCUUUAUGGCCGUUUUGGGCUACAUGCCGGCCUGUCGGUCGUUAACAUUGACGCAUUUGCUGAAAGUCUCCAAUGUGUUGGCCUUCCGAGAGAUGCUCCGUUCCAAAGUGGUCUUCCGAAUCCCCCUUUGAAAUCAAUUCCACUUCCGUAUAUAGACGAUGACGUAGAAGAAGAAGUUCCGAGAGUACAAACUACCAGCAAAAACCUGAUUGAAACACCGAUACUUCAAUGA